GGUCCUCGGGAGGCGUCCUCCCGCCGGGUUCACGUCCCCUGCCGGCGACCUCGGCCCGCCGCGUCUGCGCCAUGGCGGCCUGGCUCCUGCUGCGGCGCGGACCGCCGCGGGUACUGAAGACUAUGCUCCUGGAAGCACAGGUGUUCCGAGGACUUACUUCAACAGCUUCUCUCUCUGAGUCGGUGAAGAAUGGAACAGGGCUGCCAUCAAGUUCUAAGAAGCAAAGUCCAUCGAAAAAUGUAGUGCAAGCGAAGGAGCGGGGCCAGCCACUAUCCAGCCGCCCCGCCGCCGUGCUGGCUGCAAACUUGUCUCCACCGGGGUCCCCCCCCACGGGUGGGAGCAAGAGCCAGGUGGCACCCAGCGCCCGCCUUGGUGGCAACAUGCAGCUCACAGAUGAAGGGCCUCGGAGACCUCUAUCAAGAAAGACCUUGGUAGAGUUUCCUCAGAAAGUUCUCCCUCGGUUCCCAGAGCGGGGUUCGGACUCAGACUCAUCCUCAUCCUCAUCUUCAUCUUCAUCCAGCUCCUCGGAUUCUGAGUCCGAUGAGGAGGGGCUCGGCUCAGAAGCUGCUCCCCAGGUGGUGAGCAAAGGCAAGAAAGGGUUCCCCAAACCAGAGGCAUCCCGCUCCUCUAAGAACAGAGCCCCCAAAAUCUCAGGAUCGGCCAAGGAGGGAGCCAAGGCACAGAGACCACAAACGGAUGUCCCCUACCCAGAGCCGCCUCUGCAGCCAAGGAAGAAAGGGCCCGCGAUGCCCGCACCAGAAGCUGACAAAGAGGCCCGGAAACAAAGCCUAAAGAAAGAACAGUUACAGAAAGGGUUCGGAUUGAAUGAGAUGGAGAAAGCAAGCCAGAAGCCACGCCAAGUCAAAGAAGCCUCACCUGGCCAGACACGGGGCAGGUUCCCUGCGUUCCCUGCAGGGCUCAGCCCUGAGCCCCCGUCGCCGACGCGAGAGGCCGGGCCCAGAGGGCAGCCGCCAGCCACCGUGGCAGGGGCCCAAGGCAGACAUCUGGACCCCAAAGACACAGGGCCGGGCCGGGAAGCGCCGCCCCCCCUGGCCAGAGAAGAAAGUGUGGGAAAGCCGGCAACAGGACUCUGGGAGGCCAAGAAGACGGGGGGUGCUGGGGUCCCCCCAGGCAGCGCCGAGGCAGUUCCUGUUCGGGAGGAGGUCUUCAUUGAAGAGACAGCAGCUCCAAAGCUGAAGGGGGGUCCUCAGGAGAUGGCCGGUGCAGCCCCGCCCACGGAAGACGCCGCACAGGAUCCCGGGCAGGCAGAACCCGCCCAGGCCCCGGCGCCUCCCGAGCCGUUCGACAACACCACCUACAGGAACCUCCAGCACCACGACUACAACGCGUACACCUUCCUCGACGUCAACCUGGACCUCUCCCGGUUCAGGCUGCCCCAGCCCUCCUCCGGACGAGAGUCCCCUCGGCACUGAGCACUGAGGUCCUGUCGCCAAGCGAUGGCAUCAUGGCGGCUUUCCUGCCGCCGCAAUAAAACUACUCGGUCGCCGAGC